GGACGUAACCAUGUUGGCGCGUGCCUGAUAUUUUCCCGCGCGAUCGUCCUGAGGGCUUAAAAACACUGAGACUUAGAUGAAACCGAUGGAUUAAUUAAUUUAUGUGGAAGGUUUAAUAGAAGGGUGUUCAGAGUGAACCAUGUUCCUAGUAGUGAAAUACAGAGCUAUUGACUACAACUAUGAGGUUUCAGUGAGGCACAAGAUGAUGAGGAGUUCGCUGAUGCUGCCGCUUCCUGUCCAACUGGAUAAUAACACAAAAACACAGGAUUCAUACAGGAGGUUGUGGCAUGGAAGGUUUGGCACUCUGUAUGACCUGGAAUACACAGGCUCUGUGGUAGAUUAUCUGAAGGCAGAGUUGCGUCCAGUGGAAUGUUUGGAAAGGUUUACUGUGUGCACGGGUGAGUUGGGGGCCAACAUGGUACCGAGCUCUAACCCUGCGUCUCAGACGAGCGUGGGCUCACAGGAAGCUCUCUGUCUGCUGAACGGAGGAGAGAAAACAGCUGGUCAGGAUGAAUGGACAGAGACCUUUACCGAGGUUGAUGUACACUCCAUCUACUUCAGUGAGCAAGAUCUGUUUCUUCCUGAAGAUGUGUUAAUCAAUGAGAAUUGGCUGAAGAGUCAUCUCCCUUCUCUCACCACCUUAAUGAAGAGGUUAAAACCUUAUCCUGUGUCAGAUCUACCGGAUCUCCAUCAAACUGGAUCUAUGCUCAUAGAGGAGUUCUCACCGUACUCUGCUGUGCCACAUGCUGCAGUGGAUAGCUGCUCCAAUCCUCAGUGGGAUAUUGAAGAAUUCAUUAAAGAGAUUAUUCUGGAUGCAGAAGAUCUGAAGCUGCCAGAUUUUAUUGAAACUGAUGUGCCCCAGAAGCCAGAGCUCCUCCCUUGUCAUCUAAGUAAACUGCAGGACACUCUGAACCUGAGUCCAGAACCAGAUAAAGAGGACAGAUCUGUAUUAGACACCCUCAGGAGAGGCAUGGAAACAUCAUCAGAGUGGGAGACUUUCAGUACUCCUGUGAUUGACCUCACUGUCUCCUCUGCUGAAAGGACGUUAUCUCCAUUUCCUUUCAGGUCCUAUGUGGAACUGGAGAUGGACCUGAUUCUGUCGCCUCCUUCUCCUCCUCCUCCUCCUCCUGACUGGAAGGUCAGAGCUGAACUGUGUCUGUCCACCAUUCAGAUCUCAGCUGAGACCCAGUCACCCAUCAACAGAGUGCGUUUGCUCUCAGACAAUGAGCGUGAGGUCAUGGAGAAAGACAUGUGGGUGGCAGAGAAACAUCCUCAGUGUGUAUCUAGACUUCUGCUAGCAGAGCCGGGCAGACCUGCACCUCCAGUGAGAUGUCACUCUCUCUCUGAGCUGCUUUCCUCUCUACAGACUGAGACAGAAUAUGAUGACACAGACAGGUCUUCCUCCACUUUACUCUUGCCACUGAAGACCUCUGAUCCCGUUCUCCAACAGGCACUGACUCUAGAGACACACACAGCUAUGAACAUACCGAACACACAGCCAGAGGUGGACAUGACAGAGCAGUUCACACCUCUCACUCUCUCUCACAUCGAUGACUUGCUGGGUGACUCUGAAAAUGUGGUGCACUCAGCUUCGGCCAUUGUGGAGAGCAGAGCUACAGAGACAGAAGUUCCUUCUGUGGUAUGCAGGAGCAAAACUGCCAUUCUACAGGAGUAUGACUCUCAGAAAACAAGCACUGAUAAAGACUGUGCUCUGUCAAAGUCUAGUCCAGUUGCCUGCCAUCCACUGACCAGGAAAUCUAGUGAUCUGUCUGACAACACAGUCAAACACUCGAGUCUGCUGAAGUCUGGAUCAAAGUCAGCUCCCUAUAAUUAUUCGAUAAAAACCGCUCAUGCUAAUAAAAAUGACCCGAGAGUCUCUAAGAAACCAGAGAACUCACAGAGGUCAGGUUCUGUCAGUGAUUCAGUGAGUGGUACAGAUACAAACACAAGUCUGCUGAAGUCAUCGUCACAUACAGCCACCCACAGGCUACUGACAAAGGACAACCAAAAGGAGCUGAUUAGAAUUGAUAAUAGUCCAAGUAGUACAAAUUGCGUACAUACGUUCUCUGAGAAUGCAACAUUUCAGAAUCAAAAUCUUAUGCUGCAGUAUACAUACACAGCUGCUCAUAAUUAUUCAACGGAAAACACCAAAACAAACACCAGUGUUAAUACGAGUAAUCCAAAUAAGAUCUCUUCUGAGACUACCACUAUAGACAGAGAUACGAAUCUGUGUCGGUCACCAAGGGAAUAUUCUACAAGUGCUCAGAUAGAACAGCUAUUAGAGAUCCACAACAACACAAAUCAUCAUAAUCUCUCAAUUGACAAAACCUUAAACAGAGCAGGUUCCUUACCAACCCCUGGAGAUGCACAUGAAUAUUCAAACAAAGCCACAGAUUCAGAGCAACUGCUUUCACCUAACCUGUGUCAAAAAUAUUUGUUUUCUGAGAACAUGACUGAAAAGGAACACUCUAGAUUACAGCAGGCAAUGAUGGCUUACAGUUAUUCAGCCACUCACACUCAGCCUGGUCCUGGUAAUCCUACAAGUCCUCCUAGUAAUAUUCCUAAGAAUCCAGCCAAAAGCUUUGUUUUGCUGAAUUCUUUAUCAACCCCACUCAGUCACAGAGGGACAGUGUCACACACUACAAAUGGUUCAGACAAACGGUUUACUGUGCCCCAGAAUUCAGGAGUGACCCCAACGCCAUCCAGACCUUCAGCAUCAAGGAGCAGCGAUGGAGAGAAAAAGAUGAGGUCAUCUGUCUGGCGACCUCAGGAGUGCUUGGACCCUGUGACUUCCUUUAUGAUGUUGAGAGGUGUCCUGAAGCUUACAGUGGAACAAAAACCUGAAGAAACACCACUGUGCAGCACAGGGACAGAACUUUCUCAAAAGUCUACACUGAAGUUCACAGAUGGUUCAAAUAGGACAGUGCUAGAGCAGGUCCCAGAGAUGAAGAUGAACACCAGCCCUCCUGUUCUGAAAAGACCCUUCUGUACAACUGUAAAUGUGCCACCUACAGACACAGAGAGAGCUGCGUACAGGGAGCUGCAUUCACUGGCCCGCCCAGUCCUUUGCAGGAUAAUCGAGUCGGGCGCUCUGAGAAAUACAGACUUCAGCAGCCUGACUCCUGAACACACACAAUUCUGUUUCAAACAGCAGGAGAAGCUGCUCAGUACAGGACAGGGCAGGGAAUGUGUGUAUAAUGACAUAGACCUGCUUCAUACAUUGGUCACAUUAAAGGACCUGCUGCUCAGGUGUGACCUCGACACUGCAACAGGUCAUCUGGAGAAGGCACAUGCCACCUGUACAAUGGCUGGUCUUAGAGAGCUGCUGAGGAAGUUUCAGGUGCUGCAAUAUCUAAGCAGGAAGUGGGUGGAGCCUCAGCUCAGAGUGCAGCACCUGCAGGAACAGAUCCGCACAUGGCUGCAAAGAACAUCCUUUCAGAAAAUUCUGAUUGUGGUGGCAGUGGAGAAUGUAAGGGAGGAGUUAGUGAUGGCUCUUAAUCAGAUUCCAGGAAAUUCGGUAGCUGCACUUACACUAGAACAGGACAGCAGUGUGGACAUCAAGACUGUUACAGACAGUAGGUGUGCCAUAGUGUGUGUGCAGCAGUUGCAGUGUGGGUUUCCAUGGUGGAAAUUCAGUGCAGUGUUUGAGUUUCAGUGUUUAGGUGACUCAGCGGUCAGGAGCCUCUGUAUAAAGAACAAGAUCCACUACACCUGCUUCACUACUGCUGCGCUGUGUACAGACACGUCAGCAGUGUUCUGCUCUCCUCUGGACCGUGUUCCUUUUGUGCUGUUUAUCACAGAGGGUUUACUGAAGCACUGUGACCUGCUGCAGCUGCUCGAGUCAACGUAUAAUAUGACUCUGCUGGAGAGGAUCCAUGCUCCAUCUCUGCAGCAGCUGGGACCAAAAAGUCUGUAUGACAUCAUCACUGUUGAUGAGAACACAGCCAUUCUGCUGCAGGAAUUGGUUGAGCUGGAGCAGGAGCGAGCCGCUGAGCGUGUUGUUCUGAGACUCUCUGCUCUCUCGCUGCAGUUCAGCCGCUGCUGGGUCAUACUGUGCUGCUCCAGGCACUACAGCACUAUUGUGUGUGGUGAAGUGUUCAGUAACCUGUCGUUAAUUUACUCAGCAUUAGUGCUGUUUGGACAGAAAACUGACCACCUGGAUGUUAAGGUGUUGCUGGCGUAUGAUACAGCAGAAACAGCGCGUUGUGUGCAACAAGUCUGCUUCCACACUCUGCUGAACUCACAGAGAGAUGUGUGUAGCUGGCUAGACCGAGAAUGGUUCAGUGUUCUGCCUACUGAGGAGGAGCAACGUUUGCUGUAUUUCCCGUGUGUGAACUGUGUUGUAGCUCAGCUGCUGCUGAGUCGAGGUCUGUCUCUACAGUGGCUGCUGGAAGCUUCUCACACUCAGCUAAAGGAGAUGUUUCCAGAGAUCACACCUUCUGUUUUUAAGUUCUUCCGUGACAAUACAGCUGAACACAGCCUCAAUGCUGCUGCCAGACAGUGUGAGGGUGAAGUCACACAUAUCCACCACUUGGGUCUGGAUAAGGAUGAGCCUCUGUCACCCACAGACACUGACCCAUUCCUCACACACACUUCAAUAGGAUCACACAGCCCAGGGUGCGACCAGGAGCCUGGCACUGGGUGUAGUGGCUGGGUCGGGCCCGAGUCACAGUGUCUGUAUCAGAAUUUGUCUGAAGAACAGCCACAGUUUAAGAGCUUUGCAGUACCAGGAGAUUUCUGUGGAGGAGAAGCAGAUGAGGAGUGGACUCUGGAAGCAUCACCUCUGAUCUCCAGUCUCUCUUUCCCACACUCACACACCAUUUCCUGCUCACCAGUCAACUACAAUUCCCCUCCUCCCCCAUCUCAUCCCCUCACACCUCACCUGUCCCAUCACGACUACACGCCUGAGCGAUACAGAGAGAGGAAACGACCAGUAGGGGGCGCUGUACACACAGUCUUUCCCCAGAGUAAAAGAGGGCGGCUUCUGUUUGAGAGAGUCCCAGGAAGGAAUGAUGGACAGACAAGACUCAGGUUUUUCUAAAAAUAUGCUGUCAUGGUCUCACUAACAUGGUCCAUUGUACAUUUCCUCAUAUGCUCAAAGACAAUAAACUUUGUUCUUUAUGUUA